GGCCAUAGCUCUCCAUGCUGUGUCUGAAGAUUGUUAAAGUCGUGACCCAGACAGCCCUCCGCAUUCUCCUACCAGCGCUAGCUCGUAUCAUGGGGGUGAACCUGAGGAGUGGGGCAACCUCCCCAGAAUCCCAGUGCUCUGAGGAUUCCUUAGGCAGUCUGGAUGAGAGAGAGAAAAGGCUGCUGAUCAGUGAGAUGAACUACUGGACUAAGGAGAGGAGGAGGAAUGGCAGUGCAGGGUGCCGCCAAAAAUCCACCCGCAGGACCUCAUCACCAUGCUGUUCGCCUAAGAGGUCCCAGACCUCAUUGCAGAGCUUGCCUGCAACUGGAGAGGCUACACUCAUGGAGGAGCCUCUGAAGGCUCUUUUUGGGGUAACGGAAGAGAGCCUCCUGAUAUCCCUGGUUGAGGGUCACUCCAACCCCAGCUCCUCCGAGUUGAGCUGUGCUAUCGUGGGGGAGGUGGUACACCAGCUUAACUCUGGCCUCUCAGUGGCCAUUCAGGCCAGCCCGGGGUGUUGCCCCCUUAUGGACAGUCAGGACAUAGCAGCAGGCAAGGAGGUCAUUCGGGUAGCCUCGGUGCAGAUCCUGGCCGAGCUACAGAGCCAAACGUCUGAGCCAGAGUGGGUAGGGUUUAUCGAGCCCCUCAUGGACCCUGUGACCGAUGAUGUGCUGGAUGCCAUUGUCGGCACAAUGGACAAAAUGGCACAGGACUUCAACAUCCUAUUGGAUCUGGCCAAGAAGAUGACAAUCUUGGGGUCUAAAUUUCUGACCAAUCUUCAAUGUGACCUUGAUGUUGAGUGUCCACCUGGGAAAGAAGGGACCACUCACUUUCUCAAAGAGACUGGAUCCUCUACCAGUGUGGUGGCCAGAAAGAUUCAGACCCUCUCUAGCCCCGACUUUCAGUCUAAAGCCCUGAAGGCGGUGAACACCAUCCUUACAAGGAAAGUCAGCAGCUCUUCUGGCAUGGCUCCUUCCUCUAGGCCUUCUAGUGCUGCUCCUAGCCUUACUGAAGCCCCCCUGAAUACCAGCUGCACAGCCCUGACAUCUGUAACCUCCACUGCCACAUUGAUUGUUAAGGCAUUUGUGGGAGGCAUGGAGACGAUAGCAUCAUUUGAAGGCACAUGUGAAGCAGUUGAUUGGCCAGUUCCUGUAAAUGAGCACACUACAGGAUCUUCACAGAUGAUAACUUUCUCUCUAGCCCGCACACUCUACGGCCGUAUACGAGCAAAGCUGAGGGACCUUUUAACUCUAUCCACUCGAUGACUAUACUAUUUCCCAGUCACCCUCACCCAAUGAAGACUUGAGCGUGAGUACUCAAUAUUCUCAACUGAGCUCAGAAGAGAGUGUCAGAAUCACAGAAUCCUCUACUAGUCUGAUUCAGAGCAUUAAGAAGCUCUCUAGCAAUGACUUCCAGACUCAGGCAGAAGAAGCAGUGAGUAAAGUGCUGAUGAGAUCCAGUCAUUCCUUUAUCACACAGAUCAGCCAUACUGGUCUUCAGAAAAGUCUGCAGGCUGGCUUAUCAUCUAGCUCACCAUCGGAGAUCCAUGUCCUUUCAGAAUCCAUGUCCUCCAUGUCCUCUGAGAAUACAGCCUCUGGAUUAGUGGAAACCUUUGUCAAAGGAAUGGCUACUAUUUUCCAGAAAAAUGAGUCCACUGACACUGUGCUACUGGAAAGAAGUGGGAGAGUUUCGCAGUGCUCCCACGGGGGCUCCCAACUGGAUGAUACUGAAUUGAGUGUUAAAAUAUCAGAAUAGAAGCUUUGGUCAACAGCUAAGACCAUCUGUGUCAGUAUGAAGAACACACUUAAGGAUUUCUUCACAGGGCUGAAGCCAUCCGGAUCCGAAAGGACAGAAAAUGCUUCUUCCAAAGAGACCCUUGGGGAAAUCCUGGUUGCUAUCCAGAGUGAAAUCUCAAACUUAGGGCGAAUGAAGGAUUCCAGGGAGCUCCUUCAGAUCAAUGAGAUGUUAGGAACUAUGCUGAAGGAGGUUGAGAAAAGUGAGGAUGACAGUGAACACGUCUGCCAAGACAUCCCUAGAACCUGUUCAUCUUUGUCCACUUCUUUAAAUGGUCGUAGUUCCUUGUCCAGCUCUUCAAAGGGUCCUAGGUCAGAGUGUGAGUUAGAGAUCAAUCUCCCUGGCACUCCCAUCCCUGACCAAGUGCCUUUUGGUCUGACUUGCCCCAUCGUCAGGAGCUCCUGCAUCGACACCAGAGUCUCUAAAAUGCCAGAGAUUUCUUCAAGUGACCUAAAGACAAAGAUGAUGGCACACACAGAUGAACCCCUGCAUCGUAACAGUCCAAUGACUGACAGCAGUCAGAGUGCUAAAGCCUCUUUUCGAUCCUCCACUACGUCUUUCACCAGCAAAGGAACCUCUUUGGUACCAAAGGGAAAUGGGAUUGACAUUGAAGAGAAGGAGGUGUGCAUCCGCAGCAGCUCUGUCCAUCUGAGGGAGCUCUUAAUCACCCCGGACAUCAGCAGUGCCACUGCAUUCCCACUGCAGUACUUGAUGGACUCCAGCAAAGAUGAUGGCAUCUGUUUUGUCACCAUACUGGUGAUAAGGUUGCUAUCGGAGAUCAGACCCUCAGCCCUAGAUGGACCCUCCCAACAGGCAGCAGAUCUGACAGAAACAUGUCAGCAACUCAUCAGACAAGUCCUGUCUGAGUUCUGUGCUGCAUCCAGAUUCUCCAGGACACAGGCAUAUUCCCAGAACCUAAACAUCCAAAGGGUGUUCAGAGGUGUACAUAAAAACCUCAUGGAGGAGUUUGGCUCUUAUAACACCCUGCAAGCAGCUAUUUCCUCCCAGGACCCUGCAUUUGACAGAGUCCUGGUAAAGUCCUUGACCCAGCAGCUGGUACAGGGAUGCAAGGAGGCGUCAAGACCAGCUUCUGCUGCAACAAACCCAUCAGACCAGGCUGAGACAGAGAGGGGGGCUGAGCAGAAAGCAAGAAGGAGCUUCCUUUGCUUUUCAAUGACCAAACUCGGGAUCAACUUCAAGCGUUCCAAGAGAGGAAACAAAAAGGACUGCCAUUCAGUCCAGGAACAGACUGAGAUUCCCUCUACUGAUGCACAUUGCAUAGCUCCAGUUGGAGAGGUUUCUCCCUCCAUAUCUCAGCUUGUCAAAAAACGAUCCUUGAUUGUCAGGGUCUUUUCAGCAAUGAUGAAGCCAUUCAGGCGCUUCACCAAGAAGAACCUGUAACCUGUUACGCUGCAUGAAGAACUACUUUUGUAACAGCAAGUCUUUUGACAAGAGGAAUUUCUGCAUGUCUACCCUUUCAAAGUCUAUUUGAUCAAAUAAAUGCAAAUGAUUUUACAA